AUGAAAGAUCAACGAACUUUAACAUCACAGAGUUUUGAUUUAAGAACGGUGGAGGGGAAAAGGGACAGGUUUCUCCCGUGGUUCCGCGAGCAGAAGAAACAUGCGGAAGGGACACCAGAUGUCCAGAUUGGUUAUAUAAGAGAGGAUGAUGCCUGA